AGCCAACUAUUAGCUCUAAUUCAUCUAUAGACAAUCUAAUAGCAUAUUUAUACAAUAAUUGCAUACUACACUAUUAAUAUCUGGUCUCACCUGUCAUACACAUACUGCAUCUUGGAGUCCGUGCUACAGCUGAUUACAAAUUUAUAGUCCGCUGCUCUUCUCUCUUCUUAUUUAUCUCCUUAAAAUAUGUUUGUAGCUGGCUUAUAGCCUGCUAUUUUACUGCUCUAAAAAAGAGAGGGUGCACACUCCAUACGUCACAUUCUCAUAUGGAUUGUCUGCCACACAAUGCAAACGCGUGUAUUGGAGUUUACAAGCUAGUACGCAUUUAGCAGUCUCAUAUCCCACACAAUCUAUCCAUUAAGAAAUAAUAAUAACCUUACCAAGCUUACCUCCUUAGAAAAAGGGUGAUUGAUUUUUUUAAGUAAGGUUGACAGAUAAGGUUUAACACUAUCACUAUUUAUCAUAUUUAAAUUUUUGAAUUGAAAAUAGGACUUAUAUUAAAAGAACAGAAAAUAGAAAAAAAUAUCAAUAGGGACUAAUUAAACCAAUUGUAGAAAAAGUUAUAAUUUCAAGAACCAAUUAAGAAAACCCAUUACCAUAACCAUUAUUUUUAAGUGAUUAAAUAUUAAUGACCUUCCCUAUAAGCUACUCCAUACGUCACAUUAAGGAGUAUAACAUAGCAGUAUGGGUUUCUUCAUAUAUUAUUCCAUAUACAAUCAUAUAGUUGAUUUUGAAAGUUAUAUUAUUGCAUAUACAGGGAAUACCAUCUGUCUGUAUUGAGAUCACAUGCAGUCACUACUAUGACUGCAAGUUAGUGACUGCAUGGUAUCUCAUCCAUCCAUUUUCCAAAUCAAGGGUACAUAUCAAAGUGCUACAACACCAUUGCUAUAGGUAUGUACAGUAUUAUUUUUUUCUGUGCGAACAGUGCUCCGAGAAUCUCAGCCAUUGGAUAUAACUUGGAUGGUCCUAAUGUGACUGCUUAAGUUGCAGUCACACUAGUAACUGCACCUGAACCAAAUCCCAUCUGUCCGCCACUCCCCUCGUAAACGUGCGAGUUACCUUUCUAGUUUUUCUACGCAUCUAGCCCUCUACAUGUGUUUAUAUAUUAAAUUAAAAUUGAUCGAAAUUGGGAACAAAUUAAGCCAGAUUGUCAAUGACAAUCCUUUCCAAGUACGUAAGGGCUGAGGCAUCAUUACUUGACACGCACAGCACUCCGCCCAUCCCCGCGGCUGGCCUCGUCCGUCGCCACCACAAAAGCAAGACUGCAAGAAUCGAUCGAGCAUAACCCCCCAUUGCUCCAGCAACACACCAAGGCUGGCACCCAAGCAAAGCAAAAAAAAAAAAAAAAGGCGCACCCAACCCAAGAUUGAGAACAAAUUAAGCAAUGGUCGCCACCUUUCUCCUCCCCCUCCUACUCUCCACCCUGCUGCCCGCCGCCGUCCCGCUGCCGCCGCGCCCGCCUGUGCGGUGUGGCGGUAGCGGCGGCGCCGGCGGCGAUGGGGCAGGCUGCGUGCUCUCCAACGCCUACGGCGCGUGGUCGAGUGACCGCGCCGACUGCCCCGUCUCGGCCGUCGCGUACCCGGCGUCCGAGGCUGACGUGGUCGCGGUCGUCGCCGACGCCAGCGCCAAGAACAUGCCCGUCAAGGUCGUCAGCGGCUUCGCGCACACCAUCCCGAAACUGGCGUGCCCCGGGAACGGCAGCAGCGGCGCGGCCUCCUCCUUGCUCAUCAGCACGGCGAGGUACGACGGCGUGGCGGUCGACGCCGCCGCGCGGACGGUGACCGCGGACGCCGGCGCGCCGCUGCGGGCCGUGAUCGACGCGGCGGAGGCGAGCGGGCUGAGCCUGACGGCGGCGCCGUACUGGGAAGGGGUGAGCGUCGGGGGGCUCGUCAGCACGGGCUCCCACGGGAGCUCCUGGUGGGGCCGCGGCGGCGCCGUGCACGACCACGUGGUGGCGCUCAGGCUCGUCGUGCCCGCCGGCGCGGCGGACGGGUGGGCCAAGGUGGUGGCGCUCCGGAGAGGCGACGCGCUCUUCAACGCCGCUCUCGUCUCCCUCGGCUUGCUAGGGGUUAUCUCAAAGGUGACUCUGGCUCUGGAGCCAAGGUUCAAGAGAAGCAUAAGCUACGAGUACAGGGACGACUCCACCUUCCAGGACGACUUCGCACGCCACGCCGCGAACCACGAGUUCGCCGACAUCACCUGGUACCCGUCGCAGCACAAGGCGGUAUACAGGAUCGACGACCGCAUGCCGCUCAACGCCACGGGCGACGGCGUCAACGACUUCAUCGGCUUCCAGUCCACGCUCAUCGCCGUCUCCUCCGGCAUCAGGGCCCUCGAGACCGCGCUGGAGGCGUCCAGGAACGUGAAGGGCAAGUGCAAGAUGGCGGCGGCGGAGAUCGCGGCGAAGAGGCUCGUCGGCAACGGGCUGCGCGGCGCCGGCGGGCGGCUGUUCACGGGCUACCCCGUGGUGGGGUUCCAGGGGAGGAUGCAGACGUCGGGCUCCUGCGCGCGCUCGCCGCCCACCGACACGCUCAGCGCGUGCCCCUGGGACCCCAGGUACAAGGGCCUCUUCUUCUACGAGAGCACGGCGAUGUUCUCGCCUGCGGCGAGGUUCCGCGACUUCGUCCUCGACGUCAAGCGGCUGCGCGACGUCGACCCGGACAGCAUGUGCGGCGUCGACGCGUACAACGGCCUCCUCGUCAGAUUCGUGAAGGCGUCGGAGGCAUACCUGGGCCAGCCGGAGGACACCGUGGUGGUGGACUUCAACUACUACCGCGCGUCGGACGGGUCGUCGCCGCGGCUGAGCCAGGACGUGUGGGAGGAGGUGGAGCAGCUGGCGUUCGUCAAGCACGGGGCGCGCCCGCACUGGGCCAAGAACAGGCUGGCGGCGUUCCGGGGCGUGCGGGGCAAGUACCCGAGCUGGGACAAGUUCGGCGCGGCGAAGCGGCAGCUCGACCCGCGGGGGCUGUUCGACAGCCGGUGGUCCGACGAGGUCGUCGGCGGGGAGGAGCAGCUGCCCAAGGCCGACGGCUGCGCGCUGGAGGGCCGCUGCGUCUGCUCCGAGGACAGGCACUGCAGCCCGAGCAAGGGGUACUACUGCAGACCGGGGCUCGUUUAUUCAGAGGCCAGGGUCUGCAGGUACUCCGUUUCGCAACUAGUCUAAAUAAAACCUGGUUGACUGCUGAGAUUACUGAUUCUUAAUUAGUAUGUUCAAAACAAAAAUUGCUAUAAUUUACUUUUUUCUUUUCGAAAAAAUAUAUAUGCUGAGAUUCAUGCAUGUUCUUGAAUACACACAUGUCGUUCUUAAAUACUUCAUAUUAUAAGACUUUCUAGCAUCGCUUAUAUAUAUAUAUAUAAUUUGUUUGGUGCUC